AUGUAUGUGUGCCUUGUACUCACAUGUAUGUUGCAUGUGUGCUCGCACAUAUGCAUACAUGUGAGCUGCCAGAAGGCUCCCCCCGUGGCUCUGCUCACCUAUGAAUGGGGUCUGUAUAUUGGCAGGGGACCUUCCGCAGGACUCCUGACCUCCCUCCUCAGGUCCCUCUUGCCCUGGCAGACUCUGCCUUGCCUGCUCACAGGAUGGGUCCUACAGAAGCCUCUGGCUGACAGCCAGGCUGGGAGGGACUGUGAUAUCUCCACUAAUCCCCUCAAAGGACAGGGGAGAAGGAAAGGGUGCUGUGGGCAGAAUGAGGGGAUGGGUGAGGGCCGCAAGCCCUGA